AAUAUGUUUCUGUCUCAUAAUAUGUGUGGAGAAGGUUGGUCCACGGAGAUACUAACUCUCACUAGUCAGUGGAGCUCUGGGACCUUCAACCUGAAGAACUGGGGAUGAUAGAAUCACAUCAUCAGCACCGGGAGGGGGCGCUCUGUCCUCUGUCCUCCAUAUGCCAGUCAACUAUUGAUCCGCAGAAGAAGAAGAGGAAGAAGCAGAAGAAGAAGGCGAAGGCCUCGGUGACUAGCAGCUGAGCCGGUCUGGUGGGUCUAGCAGCAUGUUUGAGUUGUUAGACUGAUCCUGUCUGUCGUCAUGGAGGAGUUCAGUGAGAACUGCUGCCGCGAAGCUGAAGGACAUGACGGGACAAACAGCAGAGAUGUCCCUGAGCCUGUGUGUGGGACAGGGGACCCCGCGGAGACAGUCCCCCGGGGGCUGUUAUCCUCUCAUCAGGACCAGAGGAAGAAGCUGGUCCUGCAUGUGGACCUCAACAACACCAUCCUGGUGUCGGACACUGUGACGGCUCAGGGCCCGGUGGCGGCCCUGGAGGGCUUCCUGUCCACGGCCACCUGGGGACAGAUGAGCGGACAAGGGAAGUGGGAAUGGCUGAGUGACUCGGCCUCCCUGCUCCCACCGUGCGACGGUGCUGUUAGUUACUACUCUCAGUUUGGACGGACGCCAGGUUUCACCUCCGCUGCAGGGCGGCGUUUCCGCGGGAUUCUGGAUGAGCAUCUGGAUCUGCUCCGCUGGCCCGAGGGCACCAAGGGAGACAGAGAGCUGUCUGUGAAAGGAGAGGGUGGACAGCUGUACCACUGGCUCCUCCCCUCCUUCUUCCAGCUGCUCAAAGACCUGGUGGAGGAACGAAGGGACUUUGCAAUCAUUUUUCGUACGUUUGGAACCGACCUACCUCGUGUGCUGAGAGCUUUAUCCAGAGCGCUGAACGAAGGGGCUCAUCCACUGUUCCCUGAUCUGCCUGAUCUCAAGUUAAAUCUGAAUAUGACUCCGGGGAAGAUUCGCUGCAGCAAGAGGGGAAUCGUCCUGAGCCGAGGCGAGGACCGCAUGUCAAGCCGUGAUGGAGAAAGAGGCCUGUACCAGUACCUGAGCUCAGUCGAGGGCCUGGGCGGUUUUAAUGACCACUUUGACUGGUGGGCCAGUAAUUCCUUCUCCAUCCGUGGGGGGAAGCCGUUGUGGGUCGACCCCUUUGACCAACAUGUUCAGCACAUCUUCAUAGACCACAACAUCCGUCAGAACGACGAGGAUACCAUCGUUCAUCCCAAGGUUUUCUUGGAUCCAGGUGGCGCUGAGACUCGUACAGCGUGCACCUCUGAGCUCUAUGACAUCACACUGGUCCAGACCGACCUCCUCCAGGCCAUUUCUCACCCAAGCUACUUCACUCGGCGCGUCCACAUCUGCCUGGAAAACUAUGAGAGGAACCUCCAGCAGGGGGCAGGCUAGGACACAGUCCACCUGUACAGUAUGUUCCUGUUUGUAGGUAGAGCAGGCAAGGACACAGUCCACCUGUACAGUAUGUACUGUUCGUAAUGUAGGUAGGGCUGUUACACACAAAGGUUGAUGACUUGUUGAAGGACUGCAGUUCAUCAAACCACAGAUGUGGAGGACGGUUACAAGAAUAAAUGAACAUGAAUGAUAAGUAGGAUUUAGAUUAAUCUACACACACCGUAUCUGCUGCAGGGGAGCAGUAACAGGACGUCAGCGUAUACGAAGGGCCCUUCACAGAUGGACUGCACUGUCUGCUGUCCGAAGGUGAACCGCCACUAAAAGAGUUUUUGUCUCGAUUAAGCACUGAAGUGGCCGAGCCAGACUGCAUUGAAGGCUCUGUGGCUAAUCACAGGAUAAUUACCCUAACUCUCUGAAAUCUGAGUCAGACAGCAGAACUGGGGUCAGAUAAAACCCUCCAUGUAUUGCAUUAGUUGUCUUCAUCUGUCAUCCUCCGCGUGUGACGCUUUCAUGUAGCUUCUCCUUUACUGUAAGAUUGAUUUCUCUUCAGCUGUCAGCCAUCGUCUGCAUUGUUUACAUCCACUCAGAACUGAAAGGUGAUACUUGAAUAUGUCCAGAUGACUGAAAAAGAAUCUGUAUGAGUUUGUAACUGAAGAGAAAUACCUCAAAGUGCUCCAUAAACACAUUAUGAAGGCAUCACAUUAGAAAAAAUGACUUCAAAUAUGAAUACAGUCUAAUGUGACUAUAUCAGAAUCACACUAGUGGAUAUUAUUAGACUCAUAACGACAGGUCAGAGUAAUCCAGCGUACUCAGUAACAUCUAUAGACAUAUCAUUGGGUUGAACAGGAGUUUGUGUUUUUAUUGUUUGACACACUGGAUAAGUUGAAUUUGUGUGGAAGUUAAUAAUUAUUAAGUAUAUUAUAGUGAGUACUUACUUUGCUUUUAAGGGUUUUAGGAUUUACUUAUUGUUGAGCUUUCAGGGGAAGUUUGAAUUCCUAUUUUUUCUCAGGUCAAAAUUUAGAGAGACAGCUGAAUGCAAUAGUGUUAAUAAUCUAAAGACAAAAUAGGGUUAAUAAGGUUUAUUAGAACAGUGGAGUGAUGAUACGCUUUUAUCACGGAAGUGAAGACGUUGGUAAAAUGAAAAUAUCCGUAUCAAAUUGUCAUACAUCACAUAGUAGGUCUGUCAGAGCAUCACAACAUUGAAUAUGUUCAUUUCUGAAAUCAUUGUUGCAUUUUAUAGUGAAAUGAUCAUUAUGAUAUAAGGGUUAGGGUUAAUAUUAAUAAUGCUGUCAAUCAGUUACUAAUUCUCAACAAACAGCAGCCUGCAGAGGUCAUUCCUUUAAUUAUUAUACAAGAAAACAAAUAUGCAAUUCAUGAAGGAGUGUUUGAAAUGAUGUCGAGCAAGUAUGACUUCUACUGUCACGUAUUAUUCAAGACAUCAAACUGUGGAUGUAUUUAAAUGACUAAAGUUUGAUCAACUAAAAUACAGUAAUACUGUAUUUCUGAAGAAUGCUUGCACAUGAUGCGUUGACUAAAUGAUCUGUAGGCUUGGUAAUAAGCAAUGCAACUCAUUAUAACUGAGCUAAUAUACAGUAUAUAAGAGGUGGUAGCAGGAGGACUGAGCAUGGGAGGUUUUGCACACUGAAACUGACUAAACUAAAAUAUUUCAGUACUGUGCGUUAACGUCUCACCGACACCAGCUGGUUGUCAUGGAUUCUGAUGCAUUUGAAUGACAUCACAUCAAAACUUGAAAACUGUCAGCUUAUUUAUUUUUCUGAUAUUUCCAUUCGGGGUUAAAUAAAUGUCUGUUUUUUGUAAA